AUGGGAAGAAUAAAUUUAGAUUAUUUAGAAGGAAAUUAAGUAUUUGCAUGUGGUACAUGCUAAUUACAUUUAACAACAUAUAAUGAACUAAUUUCAAAAGCAUUUAAAGGAAAACAUGGAAAAGCUUAUUUAUUUAAUUCAGUUUUAAAUAUAAAAUUCGGUCCCUAAGAGCAAAGAAUAUUAUUGAGCGGCUUACAUAUUGUAUCUGAUAUUUUAUGUAAAAAAUGUCAUACUAUAUUGGGUUGGAAAUAUGAUUUUGCUAGAGAAGAAUCUUAAAAAUAUAAAGAAGGAAAAUAUAUUUUAGAAAAAGCUUAAUUAUAAAAAUAACAUUGGACAUAUUGA